CAUUGGACGAGGGGAGAGCCGAGGGGUGGCUGUACUGUACUGUACUGUUCUUUACUCUUCUCUACUUUGCUGUACUGUGCUGUACUGUGCGGUGCGGUGCCUGGCCGCCCCGGGAGCGCCAACAUGGCUCCAGGACAGCCCGGGGGUCGGGGCAGCAGCAAACCGGGUCACGGUGCGGGGCGGCGGGCAGAAGGAAGGAGAUGAUGAGGGGAAGCCUUGCGGGUACGCUGGGGCCUCCUCAGGAAGGAGGGAGCUGGAGCAGGGCUGCUACGGAGCAGCACGUUCAGUGUGUGUGCAUCAACUCCUGCUCGCUGUGUGAGCAGCCCAUGAAACCAUAGAGUUUGUGCCCUUUGGCUCACGUUGUGCGUUUGUUGUGUGCCCAUCUCUCCUGGCUCUCAGGAGUGGUUACCUUUCAGUUUAUCAGCUACCAUGAGCUACUCACCCCUUCUACGGAUGCCUGGAGCAAACACAGUGGAAGAGCAGAGGGCUCGCUGGGAGAGAAAGCGCUGCCGCACAGCCAAGGAGCUGCUGGAAACGGAGCACAGAUACCUUGAGCAGCUGUAUCUGGUGGUAACGUUCUUUGUGACAAUUUUAAAGGCCAAAGGGACACUGAAACCUGCUGUAAUGGAAACCAUAUUUGGAAGCCUGGAAUCCAUAUAUUCUGCCAGCCAAGUUCUGUCAUUUCACCUGGAGAGAGGCAAUUUAGGACUAGGAUUGGAGAAUUUCUGUCAGAAAUUGGAGCUUUAUGGUUACUAUGCUGAGAAUUUCGAACAGGCAAAUAAAACCUUGAUGGAACAAUUGAGGAAAAAUAAAUCAUUCCGACGUUUUAAAAAGCUCCAAGAAACUCGACCUCAGUUUCAAGGGAUGAAGCUCGAGGAUUUGCUUCCUUUGCCUCUGCAGAGGGUGCACCAGUACAAGCAUUUCCUCAGAGACAUACUGGAGAACACCAGCACAGGCAAUGCUGAGUACCAGAAACUUGCAAAGGCUGCUAAAUCUGUUUCUGAGGUGUCUCAGUGGGUCCAGGACAUCGUUCGUAAGAGAGAGAACUUACUGGAGCUACACAGGGUUCAGAAACUCCUCAAAGGACAGAAGAUCCAGGUGGUGGCUCCAGGGCGCUGGUAUAUCCGGGAAGGCUGGCUUUCGGUUGUGCCUUCAAAGGGUGACGAACUGAAGCGCAGGAUGUUCUUCCUUUUUUCUGAUAUCUUUAUCUCAACAAAGCCCUGCCACCCGCUGCAUCUGCUAAACUCCGAUAAACUGGACUGCACAGCUGUCUACCCUCUUCAUGAGUGUGUAGUGAAUAAAGUGUUUGGCCACACUCAGGGCGAUGGAGGACUCCUCAGUCUUUCCUUCCCAUACAAGACACUGUUGUUGAUGUCCACUGACCAGCAGGAUAUUAAUGACUGGUACCAGUGCCUCACAACUGCAGUCAGGCAGCUGAAAGCUUGACCCAUCCGAGUUGAAGACAACUUAGAUCCAUGGCUGCCUCUCUUGAUAGAAGUCAACAUAACUUCAGGAAACAUUCAGGGACGUUCAGUAGGAGAGUUGUGUUUAGAGGAACUACACACUGAGCUUGUGAGGUUAGGAAUGUGUUUUCAGCUCUUUUAAACACCCAUGGCAAAAAAUGGGUAUGCACACUCAAUUUGUACAUUAAGAAUCUGUAUCAGGACUUUCCCCCUACUUACCUUAGUACCUUCUAGCUUUUCUACCCUUUUUCUUUUGAGAUUAUUAAAUCUAAGCACCACUAGAAGAAACCUUCACUUGCUUGCCCUCAUUAAAUACUUUUUUACCCAAUUGUAUCUCUAAGUUACCACUGGCACAUUUGUAUGUCUAGCUUCUCUUCUGACUUAUUCUUUGAAUAAAAUGGAUGUUUUGGCAACCAA